AAAAGGCCUUAGGCAGCGCUGGGAUGUUUGAGCUGACUUUUUCCUCUUUACUGACAAGAAGGAGAAUGCUGCGGUACGUGUUGUCCCUGUGUUUGCUGGCCCUGACCUGGGCGCAGGACUGCCAAGUGGCUAACAUUCAAGUCAUGCAGAACUUCGACAGAACCAGGUACACAGGGACGUGGUACGCCGUGGCCAAGAAAGACCCCGAGGGUUUGUUCCUCAUCGACAACAUCGUGGCCCAGUUCAUCGUGGCAGAAGACGGCUCCAUGACAGCCACGGCCAAGGGCCGAGUCAUCAUUCUCAACAACUGGGAGUUGUGCGCUGACAUGCUGGCCACUUUCGAGGAAACCGGCAUACCUUCCAAGUUCAGGAUGAGAUAUUGGGGAGCCGCAGCCUACCUGCAGACUGGAAAUGAUGACCACUGGGUCAUAGACACCGACUACGACAACUACGCCAUCCAUUACUCCUGCAGACAAGUGGACGCUGACGGCACCUGUUUGGACAGUUACUCCUUCAUCUUCUCCAGACACCCGACGGGUCUGAGACCGGAGGACCAGCGCAUAGUCACCCAGAAGAAAAGCGAGCUGUGCCUUCUGGGAAAAUACAGACGCGUCCCGCACAAUGACUUCUGCAACAACGCCAGUUGAUCUACUCCCACUCAGGAACUUUAUCGAAGCACCAGCGAGAGGAACUUUGCACCCCCGCAUCAGCGCGUCUACUAUGUUUAUAGAUCCAAAACAUCGACAGAGCCAUGUUUACACGUGAAAAUCCAAAACGACUCGGUGACCUUGAGCAAAUUUGUUAACAAUCUUGAUUAUCCAGUGUCUUGAUUUUACUCUGCCUACUUGAUCGCUUUGUGAAAUAAAACAUUCAUACUGUU